AAUUAACAACUACUACAUAGUAAAUAAAUGAACAGUAAAAGCAAAUGGAAAAUCCCACAAAUUUUUGAAUGUAUGUUUAAUAUACAUACUACCUGAUUUGAUACAAAUAUUACAGAUAUUCACAAACGGGAAAUAGUUUUAACAGAGAAUAACACACAGAAAAGAAAGUAAUGACGAUAUAAAAUAAAUUAAUUCACAAUAACAAGAUUGACAGCGCCAUCUAGAGGAAGUUAACAGCAAAUAAUACAUCACAAAGGAAAAUGCCAAAAUCAGCUGUAUAUGAAAAAAAUUAGUUGCAGACUGCAACUUGCAAUAGUUUUUUUUAGAGGUGGAUUUUUUGUUUAAGCAUUUAAUUUGUUACAAAAAUCUUACAAUAAUGUCAAAUCCAUUUGGUGAACCUGAUGAAAGCGAUAUAGACGGUGCUAUACUUGAAGGUUUUAUUUGUCCCAUGUGUCGUGAGGAUUUAAAAUCUCUUGAAUUUCUUACCGACCAUUUCGACAAAGCUCAUGCUGAAGAUGACGAUCUUCGGACAUUGUUUAAGGACAUUUUUAGCAAAGCUAAAAAGAAAAUAAAUUUUGACUUGUCACGCAGCUUAGAGAAAAGUGCCACCAUAUCAACUUCACGCAGUGGAGCUGAGCCUAACGUACGUGAAACCAGCAAUGCUCGUUCGCGCAUGAAUGUUUUCAAUUUCAUGGACCAUCAGGAGGUCGGUGUGGAACACUCGCUCACAGAGUAUUUUCAAUCUAUAAGAAAUCCUCGCUUGGAACGUUAUGCAAGUGAAACAAAUAAAUUGAUUAUAAGACUACAUAAACUCUUAAAGGAUAUGCCUUCGGAUGCAGUAUUGCGAAAACAACAUGAACAAAAUAUUGUUCCUUGGCUGGAUGGUAGCUCUGUUAAAUUGUGUCCCAAUUGUGCCAAAAGUUUUCACAUUGCCAGACGCCAACAUCAUUGUCGUUUGUGUGGCAGUAUAAUGUGCCAUGAUUGUUCCAAAUUUUUACCUCUUGAUACCGCAUUGGAAUUAGCCAGUCUUACAAUGACACACAGUGAACCUCUUAAACAAACCGCAGAUGAAAAGAAUACCACUAGUUCCUCUAAUCCCCAACAAAGUGGUAUACGUUCCUGUGAUCACUGUCUAUGGCUUUUAGAAACGCGACAAGAAAUGCACGAAAGUCGUACAUGUCGUCCACCAAUAACACACAUUUAUGCAGACAUACAGAAAUUGCGUAAAAAUGUUAUGCCCGACAUAGAAAUGUAUUUGAAAAUCAUAGCCAGUCUCUAUGAGGGAGAAUCCAUAUUCACUUUAAACGAUGCCAGUGCGCUGCGUGGUAAAAUUGGACAAGUUGCCGAAGCUAUAGAUGUACUUAGUAAACGUAUUUUGGCCAUAACUUGUGAGCCGGGUACACGAGAGGAGAGUCUAAAAAAGGCCAUACGUUUAUCUUGUAUACAAUUGAUAAAAGAGAAAAUGCUAUCACUGCCACCACUGCCAAAGGAGGAGGAAAUACGUAAGAUACAAGAACGUAAACGCAUGGAAGCUGAAUUACGUAUAGCCACAGAACGUAGACAAGCUAUGGAGGCAUAUGAAAGAUAUGGUUUGGCAGCGGCCUCCAGUUCAGAAAGUACUAGUUUAAAAAGUGGCGAUUAUGCGCAAGGGUCCGAUUUACGUUCCUUGGAUAAUUGGACUGCUCAUCAAAUCAGUACAGCCGGACUGGUGCAAAAUGAUGAUCCUUUAGUGGAGCAAAUAAAUAUAAUCAAAGGUUAUAUAAAACAAGCCAGACAGGAUAUGAAUUUUGAUGUUGUCGAAACACUAGAAAUUAAUUUAAGAGAAUUGCAAAAAGAAUUCUAUCAACGCCAAAGAGCUUUAAGUGUUAUGCAUAAUAAUAGUGCUACAAGGCAAAAUGAUGAUGAACGAACAGCGAACCUAGAAGAUAGUAAAUAAAUUCUACUUGAAAUUGUUUGCCACACACAUUCCUUCAUUUAACAAUGUCACAAAAACUAUAUGUGUGUACUACAAGUUGUAUACCAAAUAUUAAUCACACCUACAAAAAUACUUUUAAUUUCUUUA